UGGUCUUCGUAUUUAUUUAGCUUGAUUAUUUUUUAUGAACUUUGCACCUGAAAAGAAAUAAAAGGACAUUUCAGAAAUAGUAUAAGUUUGUUAUCAGAGACAUGAGCUACUUGCGGCUGACGUAUGAGCGACUGUUGCAGCAGACCAGUGGGGCUGACUGGCUUAAUGAUACCCACUGGGUCCACCACACCAUCACCAACCUAAGCACUCCAAAGCGCAAGCAAUGGCCCCAAGAUGGGCCCCGGGAGCAUCAGACAGGCUCUGCACGCAGCGAAGGUUACUACCCCAUUAACAAGAAAGAGAAGGACAAGUACCUGGAUGUGUGCCCUGUCUCAGCCCGACAGCUGGAAGGCGUGAACACUCAGGGGACUAAUUGGGUGCUUUCUGAAUGACGGUCAGAGCAGCGGCAGUUACUGAGCGCCAUUGGCACCUCAGCCAUCAUGGAUAGUGAUCUGCUAAAGCUAAACCAGCUCAAGUUCCGGAAGAAGAAACUCCGAUUUGGCCGGAGCCGAAUCCAUGAGUGGGGUCUGUUUGCCAUGGAAACCAUCGCAGCUGAUGAGAUGGUGAUAGAGUAUGUUGGCCAGAACAUCCACCAGAUGGUGGCCGACAUGUGGGAGAAGCGCUACGUUCAGGAGGGCAUUGGCAGCAGCUACCUUUUCCGGGUGGAUCACGAUACCAUCAUCGAUGCUACCAAGUGUGGCAAACUCGCCAGGUUCAUCAACCACUGCUGCACGCCCAACUGCUACGCUAAGGUGAUCACCAUCGAGUCUCAGAAGAAGAUUGUGAUCUACUCCAAGCAGCCCAUUGGUGUGGAUGAGGAGAUCACCUACGACUACAAGUUCCCACUGGAGGACAACAAGAUCCCGUGUCUGUGCGGCACUGAGAGCUGCCGCGGCUCCCUCAACUUAGGUGGGGCAGGACUGGUGCCCUCACCCCUAUUUAUUCCCCUCUGGUGCCCUACGCUCCCAGCACCCCCAGCCUUAGUGGGCUCAGCACGGCCUACAUGCCCCAUCUCCAUAUGUGGGAUAGGGGCCCUGAGCCCAGCAAGGGAGCCUCAGUCCUUUGAGGUAACUUCUGACUCCCCUGUACCCCAUGCCCAACCACCCACCCUCUUAAUUUUUUUUUCUUUGCGGAGAAGAAGCUGUAAAUGUUUGGUAGCUGCCAGCAGCUGUUUCCUGUGGAAACCUGGGGUACCAGCCUGUAUAGAUGCUAUUCUUGGGGGCUGAAUAGCCCUCUGCUUCAUGUUAGUGGGGACUUCCCCUUCUGCCCUAUGUGCACCCGCCCCAGUUUAGGGGUCUCUGGGGCAGUGGCCAUGUUCUCCCCCUGGGGGGGCCUUUGGCCCCUAGUCCUGGGAACUCUGUGCCUGGAACCUUGCCUCAUCUGUUUCUGCCAGACCCUGUGGGUCACCCUCCCACCCUAGUGUCCCAGGACUCUGGCUCCUGGGCCAGGAUGGUGGGGGGCAGGCCCUUCUUGUGGGGCUGGAUUGUACAUAAUGUUAAUAGUGAAAACCCAACGCCACAUUUUUAUAAUUGUGAUUAAACUUUAUUGUACAAA